AUGACUCUUCAGGAAGCAAUAGGUACACUCCACAAACAAAGACCACAUGUAAAACUAUGGUUUCACUGCACAGAGACCAAGGCUGCUUAUUACCUACAGUAUACUCUCUAUGAUGAACAGACCACCAUAGUUGUGACAACUGAUGUUGCUGCCUCCAGGGGAGGAGAUGAAAGAGGACUGUUAAGCCUUGCAUUCCAUCCCAAUUACAAGAAAAAUGGAAAGCUGUAUGUGUCUUAUACCACCAACCAAGAACGGUGGGCUAUUGGACCUCACGACCACAUCCUUAGAGUCGUAGAAUACACAGUAUCCAGGAAAAAUCCACACCAAGUUGAUAUGAGGACAGCAAGAGUGUUUUUAGAAGUAGCAGAACUACAUCGAAAACACCUAGGAGGACAACUUCUGUUUGGCCCAGAUGGUUUCCUAUACAUUUUUCUUGGAGACGGCAUGAUUACUCUAGAUGAUAUGGAGGAGAUGGAUGGUUUAAGUGAUUUUACAGGUUCUGUAUUGCGCCUCGACGUAAACACUGACUUGUGUCAUGUCCCUUAUUCCAUACCACGGAGCAACCCACAUUUUAAUAGCACAAACCAACCUCCUGAGAUUUUUGCACAUGGACUCCAUAAUCCAGGCCGAUGUGCCGUGGAUCGCCACCCAGCAGAUGUUAACAUCAAUCUAACUAUACUUUGCUCAGAUUCAAACGGAAAGAACAGAUCUUCAGCAAGAAUCUUACAAAUAAUAAAGGGCAAAGACUAUGAAAGUGAGCCUUCACUUUUAGAAUUCAAGCCAUUCAGCAGUGGAUCUUUGGUUGGUGGAUUUGUCUAUCGAGGCUGCCAGUCUGAAAGACUCUAUGGAAGUUAUGUAUUUGGAGACCGCAAUGGAAAUUUUUUAACACUGCAACAGAGUCCUGCAACCAAACAGUGGCAAGAGAAGCCCCUCUGCCUUGGCAACACUGGUUCAUGUAGAGGUUUCUUUUCAGGCCCUAUCUUGGGAUUUGGUGAAGAUGAAUUAGGUGAGAUUUACAUAUUAUCAAGCAGUAAAAGUAUGACACAGCCUCACAGUGGAAAACUCUACAAGAUCAUUGACCCAAAAAGGCCUUUAGUCCCUGAAGAAUGCAAAAGAACAGCUCAGCCUGCACAGAUACUGACAUCUGAAUGCUCCAGGCACUGUCGGAACGGGCACUGCACUCCUACAGGAAAAUGCUGCUGUAAUCAAGGCUGGGAAGGAGAGUUCUGCAGAACUGCAAAAUGUGACCCAGCCUGUCGACAUGGAGGUGUCUGUGUAAGGCCUAAUAAAUGCUUAUGUAAAAAAGGCUAUCUCGGCCCCCAGUGUGAACAAGUGGAUAGAAACAUCCGAAGAGUGACAAGGGCAGGUAUUCUUGAUCAGAUCCUAGACAUGACAUCCUAUUUGCUGGAUCUAACUAGCUAUAUCGUAUAGUUUCUGGGACUAUUUGGAAACUACACUUUCAACGGGCAUUUGUUUUGAGUCCUAUCAUUUUUAAAAGACUGUUAUCCUGCAACAAAUAACAGUGAUCUGAUUUACUUUAUUAAUUUAAGUAUAAUAUCCACAAAUGUGCAGAUAAAUCCUUUGUAUGUGUGUAAAUAUUUCUGUAUGUCUCCACAGACAUACCAAUAUCCAAUACUUGCACACAUACACAUGCACGCACUAUCACAAAUACGGUUUUACAGAUAGUGGAAUUUUUUUAAUAUUUAUUUCUUCAUGAGAAAUAGUUUACAAAUUCCACUGUAAACGACAUUUUUGUCAAAGGACUUUGGUGGUGUCUUAACGGAUUCUUUGACAUCCCAGAAAUCUCGUGUCUGAUUAUAGCAGUAAGAGAGCAGUUUUCAAACAUUGCUGUAUAAACUGCUGGACUUAAUAAAAUCCAGUUGUGACAGUUUCUAAGGUGAACUGAACUACAUCAUGAGACAAUAUUUCAGAACUCCUUAAUGCAUUCCUAUCUAGGUAAUUCAUUGUAAAACUGUAACCCUCACCUUCACCAAUGUAACUCUAUUACAGAAUGUUACGCAUUUCUUUAUCUAGCAUAGAUGCAAAAAUCUGGUUAUCGCAGCUUAAUAUCAAGAUUGUUUCAAGUGUUUAAUAAUUUAAUUAUAUUCGCAUAUUUCAAAACCAGUCAUCCUAGAAGGUCUGCUUUUUAUCAUAUAUUUUAUUUAACGAUGGGCACUGGGUUCAUGUUACAUAUUUAUAUUAUUUUAUUUUAUUUUUAUAAUAUAGACAUCACCUAGAUGAGACAGCUUUACCAUGUCCUGUAAAAUACUAAAGUUACAUUUUUCACCAACUUAAUUGGAAAGACGGGGAAAGAGAGAGCAAACACGCUCUUUAAUGUGUUGUGGAUCUAAUCUAGAAAUGUAUCCUUGUGUCAACUUGUAUUCAUUUACGA